CGACGUUCAGUAACCUCUUUCCGCUAGGUGCCUUCGUAGAAUUUAGAAUGCCGAGUUGGACGCCAUUUUGUAGCUGAUUUAUAAGUGCAUUGUGCGCAGAAGGUUUUCUGUGAUAAUAUCGUGUAAAUUUCUAAUUGUCUGUGUUAAUUAGUGAUAUAUAAGUUGCAAAAAUAGAAUCUAAAAUGCCGGGCGCCGGUACUUUCAAAAUCUUCGUCGGGAACCUUUCCGAUAAAACGACGGACGCCGAUCUCAGACCGCUGUUUGAAAAGUUCGGUACGGUCGUAGAAUGCGAUAUCGUCAGAAAUUACGGUUUCGUACACAUGGAAAAUGAGCAAGUCGGACGCGAAGCCAUUCAGAACCUUAACGGAGAAAUAGUUCAUGGACAGGCGAUCAAAAUAGAAGCGGCCAAGAGCCGAAAGGCGCCGUCGACGCCGACCACUAAAAUAUUCGUCGGUAACCUAACGGACAAGACGCGCGCGCCCGAAGUCCGCGAGCUGUUUCAGAAGUUCGGCACGGUCGUCGAGUGCGAUAUCGUUCGUAACUACGGCUUCGUACACUUGGACGCGUCGGGCGACGUGAAUGAGGCUAUCAAAGAGCUGAACGGUAUGAUGGUGGACGGGCAGCCCAUGAAGGUGCAGCUCUCCACGAGCCGCGUCCGCCAGCGCCCGGGCAUGGGCGAUCCGGAACAGUGCUACCGCUGCGGACGCGGCGGUCACUGGUCCAAGGAAUGCCCCAAGGCGCUGGGGCCCGACCGCAACGGUUUCCGCGAUCGAGCGUUUGGCCGCGACCCGUACCCCCCACCGCCGCCGCCGCCGUUCCUCCGCGAUCGCAUGAUGGGAGGAUUUGGGGAUCCUUACGAUGGAUACUAUGAUAGAGCUCGAUUUGGUGAGAGUCCUCGUGAUUUAUUCGAGCGACGCUAUCCAGUCGGAGCUUCCCGGGGACUAGACAUGGGUGCUUCGCGUGCGCGAGGAGACUUCGUGUCGCCACCUCUGCGCAGGGAGCCCAUGCCACCCAUGCCCAACUUACCACCCAUGCGAAGCAGUAUGGGCUCUAUGAGAUCGUCUUACGACGCAAUGUACAGCCGAAGAAGUCCCCCACGAGGACCACAAAUGUCACGAGGAAUGUAUGAAGACUUCAGCAGAGACACAUUUGAUGACAGAAGGCCGGGUAUGAGAGGUCCGUCGCCUUCCAGAAGAUACGCCCCUUAUUGAAAAAAGAAGAAUUGACAUGUGUUAACUAGAAUUAAUUUGACAGUCCAAGGAAUCGGUACAGUGGAGCUAUACGAAUAUUUUUCACUUUUCGUAUCGUUGUCAAACAAAUAUACAUGUUUCAUAUGUUAUACAUACGCCAUUUCGUUUCCAGACGAAUGAUAUUAUAUUUUAAAUACAUAUGGAUUGGAGGUAUAUUUUUAACUAUUAACUGAGAUGACUUUACGUAUAGAAUACAUUAGAAAAUGUAAAAAUAUCCCCACUAGCUCCACAGACAGGACAAUAUUAUAGUUAAGUGACUGACUUGCAACUGAAACAUAGGUAGUAUUUUAUAUGGCUGCGUUCAUGUGUUGAAAUGUGAUGAGAAGAGUGUAAAUAGGUUAAUAAUAAAUUUCUCUUUAAGUAU